UUAUUAUUAUUAUAUUUUCGCAUGAAAUUAACUUUAUGUACACCUCCAAGAAUGUAUUUAUGUAUGUAAACAUUUUUUUGUCGAGGAUUGAAGUAAACAAAGAGGUUAUACACUUAUACCUACAUUUUGUAAUUUGAAUCUAUGAAUUUGUGAAUAAAAUGUUUCCGUGUUAUAUUUUGUCAUAUUUUACAACUGUAUGCAUGUAAGCACUAAGAAGUUGACAUAAUUUUAUAUUAUAUUAUAACCCAUAUUAUUAUUAUUAGUUAUUAUUGUUUAUUUCAUUAGUGAAAAUACAUAAUAUAUUUGCGCUUAUACGGUUUUAUUUUCAUAAUAUAUAAUGUCACCAAAAAAAUUGCGUGCAAUUGCAACGAAUCAAUCACGACGAUCGGGUAAAAUGUCUUUAAAAAGACGUAUGAAAGGAGUUCGCAAUGGUAAUAAGAAUUGUAAAAUUGUGAGUGAGGAUACAACUAUCAAUAAGCAGCCAACAAAUGUAUUUUUUGAAUCGUCCACAACUGGAGCUGCAGAUGGAUCACUUCCAGGACCAUCAUUUGAAGUAUACAAUACUCCAAUGUAUGAUGAUUUAUUUUGUGAGCAAUCAACAAAUAUUAUUGCUGAUUCUCCUACAUUAGAACCAGAUGAUAAAUCUCUUCCAGGACUGUCGAUUGAAAUAACUAAUCCUCCUGAAACAACAACAGAAGUAUGUUCUUUGGGUCGUCGAAUAGUGGACAUAUUCUACGUAUUUGAACAAAUUAAAAAAUGUAUCCACGAAGGGGGUUUGGGAUGUACUUUCAUGGAUAUGGAGUUUGUACGUGAAAUACGUUUUGGUCUACGGUCGCAAUUUCAAUUCACAUGUAAAAUGUGUAAAGUUAACAUGAAAAUUGAGUCUGAAAAAAAGGUCCCAGAGACAUAUUUGCCUAUAAAUUUAGCCGCAAUCAGUGGUUCAAUAUCUAUCGGAAUAGGAUAUUCACAACUCGAGGAAAUAUUAGCUUCCACCGAUAGUCCAUUUGAACUUUAA